AUGGAGGAUACUCCGCCCUUCAUCCCCAUCCGGACCCGACAGCCGGCACGAUACGGCGCCAGCAUGAGCAGCGCAGACUCUGCUGUAUGUAGUCUCGACGAUGGCAUCUAUUCUGUUAGUAUACCCGACAUAAGUGCUCACGCCUUGCAGUACGGCUCGGCUUCCGAGAGCUCUUAUCCGGCUGCCACUCAUGACAUUAGCCGAGUGAACUACCAUGUCAAGCACAUCGAUGCUUUUGCCCGGGCCUUGGAAGAUUCAGUAGCGAGGGCCUUUCCGAACCAAGACCGUGCCGAUCAACGAUACUCCAGAGUAUAUGCCCUGCUAUUGCACUGGGAGUCUGACGACCUCUGGGUGUUACCCGAGCUGGAAGACCUCGAGAAAUGUUUUCGAGAACAUUACUGCUUCAAGACCGAGAUCUUCUCCAUUCCCUCCGAGAAUUCCCAUCUGGAGCUGAUGCUCAAGGUGGGAGAUAUGGUCAAGCAGUAUGAAUCUGAAGAAACUCUGUUCAUCGUAUACUAUGGCGGCCACGCUCGCAUAGACGAAUCCAGACAUAGCACCUGGUGCGCAAACCGUCGUAUCGACUCGCCGUCCCUUCAGUGGUCCGCCAUUCAGACGCUGCUCGAACGCUCCAUUUCUGAUGUCCUGAUCCUUCUAGACUGCUGCGCUGGCGCAGCCAGUGCCACAUAUGCUACUGGGCAGAGCAUCACUGAGACCAUUUGCGCUUCCAGCUGGGAUGCUAUUGCCCCGAAUCCCGGCAGUUAUUCUUUUACCAACUGCUUGAUCGAAGUUCUCGAGGAAUGGCGCGGCCGCACAUUCUCAGCCGCCAUGCUUCAUGCCGAAAUUCUCGCUCGCCUGAAGCAUCCUCGGCCUAUCCUGAUCAACGGGAAGCACUUCGAGGCGAGGGCAACACCGGUUCACUUCAUGCUGACUUCCAAUCACAAGGCUCCAAGUAUCGAGAUUUGCAAGCUGCUUCCUCGUCGUCAGCCCCCUCCGUCUUCUGCGUGCGACCUAACCCUACGGCAUCGCUCGGCUGCUCCAAGGCCGGCUCCCGGUACACAACCACUAGCGAACUACCCUUUGAUUGAUGGCCGUCUUCCAUGCAGCCUAGAGCCGAAUGAGGAUGAGCCGCAUGUGUUGAUUUCAUUAGCCCUUGAAGAUGACCAAAGGUUGGACCUUCAGGCUUGGGAAGAGUGGUUGGCCAAAGUUCCCACCUUGGCGAAGUAUGUCAAGGUCCAGGGCGUCUUUAAGAGCCAUUCAACCUUGCUACUCUUCUCUCUUCCCGUCAUGGUCUGGGAUUUCCUGCCAGAUGACCCGGCCUGCUCUUUCAUCGCCUUUAUCCGGUCCAACAACCUUCUUCACGACCGGAAAUCAGGAGACGAGAGACUAAAACAAAGUGUCCCGGUUUCUGUCGAUACACCCGCGUCCAGUCCAGUCUGCAAAGAUCAAAAGUCGUCCUCGUCUCCUGUGACUUCUCAGCCUGUGGACGACAGUAAUGUGGCCACAACCGACGCUGCUGCUUCUGCUAAUCCCAAUAAACUGCAAGCAGCUCAGCCUUUAUCUUCGACUCAACCGACCAAUCCUGAGUUGCCCGUGCCUGUUUCCAGACCUGACGACCGAUCACAACUCCCUACAUUGAAAGUAUCCGACGCCCCAACGCCUGCACGCUCAAUAACUCGAGUUUUGAGUUUACGAGAUGUGCCGUCUACAACUCCCACGAGCUUGCUCGAGCGGCCGCAAACACUCACUCGGUCUCUAUCAGCAGCCGCCACAGUCUCAACUGGAGCAACACACCGCGAGGAUGCCUCUAGCACCCCAGUCAUCGACAACCAUCUUACCUAUGAAGAGCCUGUCCCUUUCUUUGAAAACGCAGAAGAAAAUUUACUCCCUGCAUAUGUCACAAGCAGGUUAGAGAACUAUUACCAGGACGAUCCGAAUCCGAGCAUAGCAAUCCUGCAGGAUCUAGCAGCGAACCUUAGAGUUGGCUUGUUGGAUGUCCAAAUAGCCUCUCAGCGGAUUGAGCCCAGCGAUGGCCCUAAGAUGAUACUGCCUGGUCAACUCAACGCUUUGCUCGAGAUAUAUCCUACAAAGGGCAUCCUCCUUGUUGAUUUGAGAUCUCCAUCCGAGUUUGAGCGCUCUCAUAUUCAUGACGCUAUCAACUUGCGCGCCCCCGUGAGCUUUGUUGAGAGCACUUCCUUGGAGAUGAUUGAGGACACCUUCAUGGACGAUCAGAGUCGCCGAAGCUUCAGCAAGUGGCGUCAUUACAAGUGCCUCGUUUUCUACGACCGAGCUAUAGAGUUCGAUUGGGAGUGCCCCGUCGCCGCAGCCCUGUACUCGAAACUUCAGAGUAAGGGCUGGUUCGGACAAUGCUUCAUACUGAAAGGCCAUUUCCGCGAGUUUUCGAGCUCAUUCGAUAAGCAUAUUAGCGGCACUAAGAUGACCAGUGCCGGCAAGGAGUAUCUUGAUAGCUUGAGACAACUGUCUAGUCCGACAUAUGAGGAGGAAGACAGGCGAGACUCGCUCUACGAGCAAUGGCUCGAUGACUUCACCCAGCAACGUGUACCAACCGUGGAGCUGGUUCCUGCAAAGAAACAGGAAAGGUUGAAUACUGUUGAGCAGCAUCAGAAGGAGCUCGAGGCUGAGUUCGAGUCCCGCUUCCCGGCGCUCUACCGGAAAGCACAGGCGAUGCGAUCCAUCUGGAGUUCGACAACUUAUGAGCAACGUCAACAGCUAGACAACGACGAUGAGGAGCCAGCAUCCCCCUUGCCCUCGCCGCCACCUGGAUAUCUCGAACCGUUUCGACCGGUCAGGUGGACUCCUCCUCCUCCUCCCUCCUCCCUCCUCCUCCUCCACCAGGCUCAUCAGGAGAGUGUUAGCUACGCUUCCUCCAAGCCGGGGAUAGUCACCAGCAGCGGUGGCAGUGGUGAUUAUUCUUAUGAGCAUGAUGACUACGACAAGAUUAAUCCCAAAAGUGAGGGCUUGACGGCAGAUCAGCCUACGUAUGGGAUUGGGUUGGGUGUGACUACGAGUGGUGGUCCUGAGGCCGUAACGGCUCAGGAAGGGAUGGGAAAGGAGACUUCCAAAAUACCCCAGCUUUUGGGAAGGUUAAAGAGUAGCGUGGAAUAA